GUGUAUCCUUCUCCUCCCAGGUGGUUGUCUCUGCCGUCCCAGUGUGACCAGGCCACCAUGUCCCUGUCCAGUUUAGCCUGUCCUCUGAUGCUGUGUCUCAGGGAYCACCUGCUCCAGCUGCAGCAGAUGCUGUGUCUGCCUCUCUUCCAGAUGGGCUGGCAGGACCUGGCUGAGAGGCUGGACCUCUUCCUCUACCAGAAUGUGAUUCUGUAUAACCACUUCAACGAGGGGGGGGCAGCCCAGCUCCAAUUCGACAUGACAAGAAACCUCUUCCCUCUGUUYGGACACUACUGCAAGAGGCCUGAGAACUUCUUCAAACAUGUGAAGGAGGCCUGCGUCAUCCUGUGUCUGAAUGUGGGCUCAGCUCUUCUUCUACGAGACGUCCUGAGGCAGGCUGAGGAGGAACCAGGGACCCCGGAGGGCAAGCAGCCCAGCCCUGUGUCAGCCCUCAACGAGCUGGGGGUCUACCGCCUGGCCCCCUGCGACGUCCUCAUCCUGCUCAACCUCAGGGCCUCCUGGCCGGGAAAGUGAGGGGAGAURGGAGGAGGAACAGUAGCCUGGUCCCACAUGUGUUUUUGACAACUCCUAUGGUCUUUGUGAUGCCGAUUGGCCAUAGGAGUUGAGCAAGGCAGCACUAACAGAUCUGUGACCAGGCUAGGACGGGCUUCAGCUGGCAAAGAACAACCACUACCAAUGAACUACACCGUAUCCCAGAAACCUGGAAUAGACCGCUCUCAUUCCUGAAUACUCCUGUCCUAUCCC